AUGGACAAAGGCAAUGAUCUGACAGCCCUCUCAAGAACUAUUUCCGCAUCUUCACUUAGAGGGCGAUUGACGAAGUUAACCGGCGCACCAUUGCGUCCUGUGGCUGCCCUUCAUGCUAGCAUCGACUUCGUGCCAACCAAGAUACCGCGGAAGAGGAGACUGCAGAUGAUGGUCGUUGCUGUGUGGUCGGUGUUGUUAGUGAUGUCCUGCUUUAUGUUCCUAGUGCUCUGCUCCAUACCGGCGCUAUGGCCGUUCUUGGUCAUGUACCUCAUCUGGAUUUUCUGCAUAGACAAGAGCCCAGCAUACGGAAACAAGCUCACUCCAUGGUUCCGGUCCUUGAAGAUCUGGCAGUAUUUUGCAGAAUAUUACCCUGCGUCGCUCCUGAAGGAGUGCGACCUACCCGCUGACCGCCCAUACGUGUUCGGGUACCAUCCUCACGGUAGUUUCGUUUCGGGCGCACUCGCCACCUUCGCUACCGAAGGCGAGUCCACCGGCUUCUCCAAAGCUUUCCCCGGUAUUAAACCACACUUACUCACCCUCAAUAAUAACUUUCACAUUCCUUUAUAUCGCGAAGUUAUCAUGGCUCUUGGGAUAAGUAGCGUCUCGCGAGAGUCUUGCUCCAACAUUCUCUCCAGCGGCCCAGGUCAGGCAAUAACUAUCGUAGUCGGAGGCGCUGCAGAGAGUUUGAGCGCAAGACCUGGUACGGCCGAUCUAACAUUGAAGCGCAGAUUAGGUUUUAUCAAGAUCGCGAUCCAGCAUGGAGCGGACCUUGUACCUGUGUUUUCUUUCGGCGAGAAUGAUAUAUACAAUCAAAUGCCAAAUGAGAAGGGCACCACGAUAUAUGUUCUGCAGAAGAAAUUCCAGAGUAUGUUUGGGUUCACCCUUCCGCUUUUCCAUGGACGUGGUCUGCUGAAUUAUAACUUGGGCCUGAUGCCGUACCGACGACGGAUUGUGUCAGUCAUCGGCCGACCGAUUCAUGUUCAACGCUGCGAAAAACCGCCGUUGGAGGAGGUCGAAAGAGUGCAACGGAUGUAUAUCGAGGAAUUGACCAGGAUAUGGAACACUUACAAGGAUGAAUUUGCAAAGACACGCUUGAGGGAGCUCAGUAUCGUUGAUUAA